GACAAAAAGGGAUUUAAAUAGAGAGAAGAGAAAUUUUUGAUUAUUCUUAAUUUUUGUUGUUUUUGAUUAUUUGAAAUUUUCUUCCUCAUUCUUCGUUUAUUAAUUUUGGGGAUCGAUGUCGGAGAAGGAAGAACUUCCGUCGACAUCGAAGUCCACUGGAGUGACCACCGCGACUAGUGAUUAUUAUCAGAGAGUUGGAAGUUCUGGUGAAGGGACUACUAGUAGCUCGAGUAGUGAUGUUGACCCGAGAUUCAAGCAAAAUAGCCCCACCGGUUUGAUGAUUUCUCAAUCGCCGUCGAUGUCCACCGUACCGCCUGGAAUUGAUAGGCCUCUAACCAUUGAUUGGGGAGGAAAUAUGGGAGGGCUAACAACAGGUUCCUUGAAGUAUCUCAAAUCUGUGAAAGACAAGUUUCAAGACAAUAAAGAGAAAUAUGACACUUUCCUUGAAGUCAUGAAGGACUAUAAUGAUCUGGACCGAGGUGACAUUAAUGGCAUUAUAGCAAGAGUAAAAGAUUUGUUCGAGGGCCAUGACGACUUACUUUUGGGUUUUAAUACCUUCUUGCCAAGGUGGUUACAAAUAACCCUUCCGUCCAAGGAUGAGAACCUUAUUGAAUUUCUUGACAAGGUCGAGGGACCAUAUGGAAACACAUAUCAGCAAGCUCAAGCAGUUCAAGCCAAUACCAAUAUGAAACCUCAAAGCGAGUACCCUCCUUCCUCUGCGGUUCAAUCAUUUCCAUUGGGUCAACCUCAGAUCCCCACCUCAGCUCCGGAUUCUUCACUUCUAGCUCAUAGUAGUACCUCAGGUAUAACUAUCACCGAGAACAGGUCACAACAGCCUCUAAAUGUUGACAAACCAGUUGAUGAUGGCUAUUACUGGCGAAAGUAUGGGCAAAAGAAAGUUAAAGGCAACAUGCGUCCUCGAAGCUAUUAUAAGUGCACAAAUCGAAAAUGCCCUGCCAAGAAGGUUGAGAGAUCUUUUGAUGGAAAAGUAACAGAAAUCGUCUACAAAGGUGGACACAAUCACAAACCUCCUAACCGAGGAAAAAAAGGAAGCACCACAAAUAUAAGUGGGAGUUUGAUACAUAACAAUCGCGGGAGUUCUGAUUUCGCAGCAUCACAGUUUAGCUCCAACAGAACUGAGAGAGAGCAACAAGAAGCUGCAAGUCUAGUUACGACAAUAGAGCACAUGUCUGAGGCAAGUGACAGUGAAGAAGUCAAUAGUGGAACUGGUGAAGAUGAGCCUGAACCUGAGAGAGAUCAUCGAAUGCGUAGAAUUACAGAAGUUAAGGUUUCGGAACCAGCUGCUGCUACUUCACAUAGAACCGUAAGAGAGUCAAGAGUUUCUUUCCAAAUGACGAGUGAAGUUGAUCUUUUAGAUGAUGGAUAUAGGUGGCGCGAAUAUGAUGACAAAUUUGUCAAAGGGAAUCCUUAUUCGAGGAGGUAUUUCAAGUGCACAACACAGGGAUGUGGAGCGAGAAAAUAUGUACAGACAUCAGCAACAGAUCCAAAAGCUGUAGUGACAACAUAUGAAUGGAAACAUAACCAUGAUCUUCCAGAAGAUAAAUCAAGCAGCCAUGAUAGUGUCAUCGCAGAAAAUAGUGCGAAUCUUGUAAGUUUUCCACCAAUAUCCUCAAAGAAUCUGCAAGAAGCUGAAUUAAGCAUUGGCUUCCCAAGGUCUCAGAGCUUGUCUGUAGAUGAAGCAUUUACUGAUACAAGUGAUUUCUUUGGGCCUCUAAGCAAAUGUGUUACAUUUUCCGCCUCUAAAGAUUAUGAUGUCGUAAUCAGAUACGAACGAGGAGAUAUAAGAAAUGAUGAUUUCAUUAGCCAUCUUUGUGCUUCCCUCUGCCGGAGAGGGAUUUCUGUCUAUGAAGAAUUUGAUGAAGUGGAUGGAGUUCCAGAAUGUAGGGUUUUGAUCAUACUAUUAACAAGCACAUAUGUCCCUUCGAACCUCUUAAACAUUCUUGAACACCAACAUACAGAGGAUCGGGUGGUUUAUCCGAUCUUUUACAGACUAUCACCAUAUGAUUUUGUCUGUAACAGCAAGAAUUAUGAGAGAUUUUUUCUCCAAGACGAGCCAAAAAAGUGGCAGGCUGCUUUGAAGAAAAUAACUCAGAUGCCUGGCUAUACAUUGACAGAUAAGUCUGAAUCUGAACUUAUUGAAGAGAUUGUAAGAGAUGCUUUGAAGGUGCUAUGUUCUGCUGAUAAGGUGAACAUGAUUGGGAUGGAUAUGCAAGUAGAGGAGAUUUUGUCACUGCUAUGCAUUGAAUCCCUCGAUGUUCGCAGCAUUGGUAUAUGGGGAACGGUUGGUAUAGGAAAAACAACCAUUGCUGAAGAGAUCUUUCGCAGAAUCUCUGUCCAAUAUGAGACUUGUGUCUUCCUUAAGGACCUCCACAAAGAAGUUGAAGUAAAAGGUCACGAUGCUGUGAGAGAGGAUUUUUUGUCUAGAGUUUUAGAGGUAGAACCUCAUGUUAUUCGGAUAUCUGACAUUAAAAGUAGUUUCUUGAGGAGUCGGCUUCAGCGUAAAAGGAUCCUCGUUAUUCUUGACGAUGUGAAUGAUUACAGAGAUGUGGAAACCUUUUUGGGGAAGCUUAACUAUUUUGGUCCAGGAAGCAGACUAAUCAUGACCUCUAGAAAUAGACGUGUUUUCGUACUAUGUAAAAUCGAUCGUGUCUAUGAGGUCAAGCCAUUAGAUAUUCCUAAGUCUCUACGACUUCUCGAUUCGGGGAUAUUUAAGAUGAUUUUUUCACCUGAGGUUUACAAGACAUUGUCACUUGAGCUGGUCAAAUUUUCAAAUGGAAAUCCCCAGGUUCUUCAGUUCUUGUGCAGUUUUGAUAGAGAAUGGCAUAGUUUAUCAGAAGAAGUUAAGACAAAAUCUCCCAUUUACAUUCGAGGUAUAUUUGAAAGGAGCUGUUGUGGGCUUGAUGACAACGAGAGGUGUAUAUUUUUGGACAUUGCAUGUUUCUUUAAUAGGAUGGAUAAAGACAAUGUUGCAAUGUUGCUGGAUGGUUGUGGUUUCUCUGCACAUGUCGGAUUUAGAGGCCUUGUUGACAAAUCACUGUUAACAAUAUCACAACACAACUUGGUGGACAUGCUCAGUUUUAUCCAGGCAACUGGUCGAGAAAUUGUUCGCCAAGAAUCAGCUGACAGACCAGGAGACCGCAGCAGGUUGUGGAAUGCCGAAGAUAUCAGGGAUGCAUUCAUAAAUGACACUGGCACAUCAGCUAUUGAGGGCAUUUUCCUAGACAUGUCGAAGCAGACAUUUGAUGCAAAUCCCAAUGUAUUCGAGAAAAUGUGUAACCUUAGACUGUUAAAACUGUAUUGCUCCAAAGUGGAAGAGAAGCACGGAGUAUAUUUUCCUCAAGGUCUUGAAUAUUUGCCAAGAAAGCUAAGGCUUCUUCAUUGGGAAUUUUAUCCUUUAAGCUCCUUGCCAGAAAGUUUUAAUCCAGAGAAUCUUGUAGAGCUUAACUUACCAAGUAGCUGUGCAAGGAAACUUUGGAAAGGAAAAAAGGCAAGGUUUUUGUGUCUAGGGAACCUUAAAAAGAUGAAACUUAGCUACUCCUACCAGUUAACAAAAAUCCCACGACUUUCAAGUGCGCCGAAUCUUGAGCAUAUUGAUCUUGAAGGUUGUAACAGCUUGUUGAGCAUUAGCCAGUCCGUUUCUUAUCUCAAAAAGCUUGUUUUUCUAAAUUUAAAGGGCUGCUCGAAGCUGGAGAGUAUUCCAUCUACCGUUGCUUUAGAAUCUCUUGUGGUUCUGAAUCUUUCUGGCUGCUCAAAGCUAGAGAAUUUCCCGGAGAUCUCACCAAAUGUGAAAGAACUGUACAUGGGUGGGACUAUGAUACAAGAAAUCCCGUCUUCGAUUAAGAAUCUGGUAUUGCUUGAAAAGCUGGACCUGGAAAACAGCAGACACCUUAAGAAUAUUCCAACAAGCAUCUGCAAGUUGAAGCAUCUUGAAACUCUGAAUCUGUCAGGCUGCACAAGCCUGGAGCAGUUUCCGGACUUGUCGAGAAGGAUGAAAUGUUUAAGGUUUCUGGAUUUAAGCAGGACAGCCGUUAGAGAGCUACCCUCCUCCAUUUCGUAUCUUACUGCUCUUGAAGAACUGAGAUUUGUAGACUGCAAGAACCUCGUAAGAUUGCCUGAUAACGCGUGGACCCUAAGGUUCAAGGUUGAAUUUCGCCAAAUUGACACAGAGAAGUUUUCAAGACUAUGGAAUAGAUUUGGAUGGCUCAAAAAAAUGUACCAUAAGAAGGUUUCUUCUAUAAUGGAAACAUUAAAGCAAGCCAACUCUUUUAUUCCUCAUGCAAUUCUCUUAAGUACAAUCUUAGCUCUUCUCUAUCCACCUUCUUUCACAUGGUUCAAGCCAAGGUACUUUGUGCCUGGUCUAGGGUUCAUGAUGUUUGCAGUUGGAAUCAACUCUAAUGAAAGAGACUUUCUCGAAGCACUUAAAAGACCAGAUGCUAUUUUUGCCGGUUACAUCGGACAAUACUUGAUAAAACCUCUCUUAGGUUACAUUUUCGGCGUAAUUGCUGUCUCUGUUUUCAAUCUACCUACUUCUAUAGGUGCUGGAAUUAUGUUGGUCUCAUGUGUUAGUGGAGCUCAGCUAUCAAAUUACACAACUUUCUUGACUGAUCCUUCACUCGCGCCACUUAGCAUCGUCAUGACAUCUGUCUCAACUGCUACGGCGGUCCUCGUUACACCCAUGCUUUCACUCUUACUCAUCGGUAAAAAGCUUCCCGUUGAUGUGUUUGGGAUGAUCUCUAGCAUUCUCCAAGUCGUGGUUACACCUAUUGCCGCAGGACUACUUCUAAACCGGUUAUUUCCAAGGUUGUCUAAUGCAAUCAAACCAUUUCUCCCGGCGUUAACAGUUAUCGAUAUGGGUUGUUGCAUAGGAGCACCCCUUGCUUUGAACAUAGAUUCAAUCUUGUCUCCGUUUGGUGCAACCAUCUUGUUCCUCGUCAUCACGUUUCAUCUCUUGGCUUUCGUCGCUGGUUACUUUUUCACUGGUUUCUUCUUCAGCAAAGCACCUGAUGUAAAAGCUCUACAAAGAACAAUUUCCUACGAAACCGGAAUGCAAAGUAGUCUUCUCGCUUUGGCCCUCGCGACAAAGUUCUUUCAAGAUCCUCUCGUUGGAGUUCCACCAGCAAUCUCCACAGUAGUUAUGUCUCUCAUGGGUGUCUCGCUUGUUACCAUAUGGAAAAAGAGAAAGGAGUAGUGAGUCUAGUGACAUGAACCCUAAUUAGGGAUUUUGCGGAAUCUUCUGUUGUUUAUGGUCGGCUGUUCUAAUUGUUUUUGUAAUGGUCGUGUUUCUGUAAUAAUGUAGUUAUGGUUUCUUAUAAAAGAACCAAGAGUUU